UGUCAGUUUCAGUGCAGCUUCAAAGAGCUCUACACGAUCCCAGACUUUUCAAAUACACACAAUACAUUCACAUGUUAGUGUAUUAUAUAAAAAUUGUAAAUCAAUGCUUUUCAAAUGACCAAAACAAUAUCUAUUUGAAUUGCCGCCAAAGCACUUCCUUGAACUAUCUUAAGUCUGCAGAUUGCGCCCGCCCUUUUCUGUCACCUGAGGUGGUUAUCAAAGUACAAAGUUCAUCUGCUUAUGUAGGCAUUUUAUGAAAACAGAAACAACUUUAUUAUCAAAGCGUUGAGUUUCUUUCACUUAGAGUUUAGAUUGAUGGAACAUCAUGGAGGUCAGCAUUAUGAAGACCUGUCCACGGAUACAUUUCCGCACAGUUCAGUCCAAAUACAAGGACCAAAGUCAUCAGAAUCCAGCUGUGUGUCCAUCAAGAGUGACUGGUCAGUGGAUCCUCCACUUAAGUUUAGUGGACACACUGAUCCUGGGAUUAGACUGGACCACCCAGAAUCCAGCUGUGUGUCCAUGAAGAGUGACUACUCAAUGGAUCCUCAACAUAACUUUAGUGGACACACUGAUCUUGGGUUUAGACUGGACCCUCCAGAAUCCAGCUGUGAAUCCAUGAAGAGUGACUGCUCAAUGGAUCCUCAACGUAACUUUAGUGGACACACUGAUCUUGGGUUUAGUGACCCUCAACAUGCUGAAGCCCUCAAGACAUUUAGAUCAAAUCUGCUGAAGAAGUUUCAGUGUCUGUAUGAGGGAACAGCAAAGCAGGGAAACCCAACUCUCCUCAAUGAGAUCUACACAGAGCUCUUCAUCACAGAGAGUGAAAAUGGGGAGAUCAACAAUGAGCAUGAGGUAAGACAGAUUGAGACACAAUCCAGGAGAACAGCUAAAGAGGACACACCAAUCAAAUGCAAUGACAUCUUUAGACCUUUACCUGGACAAGACAAACCCAUCAGAACUGUGCUGACAAAGGGAGUCGCUGGCAUUGGAAAAACUGUGUCUGUGCAGAAGUUCAUCCUGGACUGGGCAGAAGGGAAAGAGAAUCAGGACGUCCAGCUCAUAUUUCCACUUCCUUUCAGAGAGCUCAACUUAAUGGACAAAACACUCUGUCUUUCAGAUCUUCUUCAUGUCUUUUUCCCUGAAACAAAAGAAAUGAAUCUAUUCAGUGAUGAAUAUAAAGUUGUCUUUGUUUUUGACGGUCUGGACGAGUGUCGUCUCUCUCUGAAUUUUAAUGUGAAACUGUGUAAUAUAUCCGAAUCAGCCUCAGUGGACGUGCUACUGAUGAACCUCAUUGCGGGGAAUCUGCUUCCCUCUGCUCUCAUCUGGAUCACUUCCAGACCAGCAGCAGCUGAUCUCGUCCCCUCUGAGUGUGUCCAUCGAGUGACAGAGGUACGAGGCUUCAAUGAGCCACAGAAGAAGGAAUACUUCAGGAAGAGAAUCAGUGAUCAGAGUCUGGCCAAUGCAAUCAUCAGACACCUGAAGUCAUCAAGGAGCCUCCACAUCAUGUGCCACAUCCCAGUGUUCUGCUGGAUCUCAGCCACUGUUCUAGAGAAGAUGUUGAGUAUAGCAAAGAGAGGAGAGAUUCCCAAGACUCUCACUCAAAUGUACACACACUUCCUAAUCAUUCAGACCAACAUCAAACAUGAGAAGGACUAUGAUAAGAAAAUGAAAAAUGAAGACAUGAUCCUAAAACUGGGGAAACUGGCAUUCCAGCAGCUUGUGAAAGGAAACCUGAUCUUCUAUGAGGAAGAUCUGAGAGAGUGUGGCAUUGAUGUGACAGAAGCAUCAGUGUACUCAGGAUUGUGCACUCAGAUCUUCAGAGAGGAGUUGGGCUUGUAUCAGGGGAAAGUCUUCUGCUUCAUUCAUCUGAGCAUUCAGGAGCAUCUAGCAGCUCUUCACGUGCUGCUUUCAUUCCUGCUGUACAAGAGGGAUGUUCUCAAUGAAAACCUCAGCUCAAAACAUGCACAUGAGUUCACGUGUCACAAGUUAUCUGAGCUGCAUCAGAGAGCCGUGGACAAGGCUCUGCAGAGUAGAAAUGGACAUCUGGAUCUUUUCCUCCGAUUCCUUCUGGGUCUCUCACAGGAGUCCAAUCAAAUGCUCCUUAAAGGCCUUCUGACAUGUGUUAGAAAAAUCUCAUACAGCAAAGGGAAAACAAUUGAAUACAUUAAAAUGAAAAUUAGAAUGAAUCCCUCACCAGAGAAAUCCAUCAAUCUGUUCCACUCUUUAAAUGAACUGGGCGAUCAUUCUCUCAUAAAUGAAAUCCAGGAGUAUGUCAGAUCUGGAGGUCUUUCAAGCGCCAGAUUGUCCUCAUCACAGUGGUCAGCUGUUGUCUUUGUUUUAUUAACCUCUGAGCAUUUGGAUGAGUUUAAGUUAAAGAAAUACAUCAGUGAAGGCCAAAUCCACAUGUCACCGGAUGAAGUACUUCAGAAGCUCUUGCCUGUAGUUGAAGCCUCCAGAUCAGCUCAGUUGAAUAAGUGUGAUAUCACAGCUGAAGGUUGUGCUGCUCUGGCUUCAGCUCUGAGAUCAAACUCACACCUCAGAGAACUGAGUCUGUCUGUGAAUAAAAUAGGAGGUCGAGGGCUGACGCUGCUUUCUGAUGGACUGAAGGAUCCUCACUGUAAACUGGAGAAACUGUGGUUAUUUUAUUGUGAUAUCACAGCUGAAAGUUGUGCCGCUUUGGCUUCAGCUCUGAGAUCAAACUCACACCUCAGAGAACUGGAUCUGACUCAGAAUAAAAUUGGAGAUAAAGGUCUGAUGCUGCUCUCUGAUGGACUGAAGGAUCCUCACUGCAAACUGGAGAAACUGUGGUUAUUUUAUUGUGAUAUCACAGCUAAAAGUUGUGCUGCUCUGGCUUCAGCUCUGAGAUCAAACUCACACCUCAGAGAACUGGAUCUUACUCAGAAUAAAAUAGGAGGUGCAGGUCUGACGCUGCUCUCUGAUGGACUGAAGGAUCCUCACUGUAAACUGGAGAAGCUGAAGUUAAAUACAUGUGAUAUCACAGCUGAAGGUUGUACUGCUCUGGCUUCAGCUCUGAGAUCAAACGCACACCUCAGAGAACUGGAUCUGUCUGUGAAUAAAAUAGGAGGUCGAGGUCUGACGCUGCUCUCUGAUGGACUGAGGGAUCCUCACUGUAAACUGGAGAAGCUGUGGUUUUUUCAUUGUGAUAUCACAGCUGAAGGUUGUGCUGCUCUGGCUUCAGCUCUGAGAUCAAACUCACACCUCAGAGAACUGGAUCUGACUCAGAAUAAAAUAGGAGGUCGAGGUCUGAUGCUGCUCUCUGAUGGACUGAAGGAUCCUCACUGUAAACUGGAGAAACUGUGGUUUUUUCAUUGUAAUAUCACAGCUGAAGGUUGUGCUGCUCUGGCUUCAGCUCUGAGAUCAAACUCACACCUCAGAGAACUAAGUCUGUCUGGAAAUAAAAUAGGUGAUAAAGGCCUGAUGCUGCUCUCUGAUGGACUGAAGGAUCCUUACUGUAAACUGGAGAAACUGAGGUUGUUUGAUUGUGAUAUCACAGCUGGAGGUUGUGCUGCUCUGACUUCAGCUCUGAGAUCAAACUCACACCUCAGAGAACUGGAUCUGACUCAGAAUAAAAUAGGAGGUCGAGGUCUGAUGCUGCUCUCUGAUGGACUGAAGGAUCCUCACUGUAAACUGGAGAAACUUAGACUGUUUGAUUGUGAUAUCACAUCUGAAGGUUGUGCUGCUCUGGCUUCAGCUCUGAGAUCAAACUCACACCUCAGAGAACUGGAUCUGUCUGAGAAUAAAAUAGAACAUGGAAGUGUCAAGAAUCUCUCUGCUUUAAAAGAUAAUCCACAUUAUAAACUGGAGACACUAUUGUAUUAAAUGAUGGUGAAUAUGGAGCCACUUCAGAAUCAAUAUCAUCAAAUCCGAAGUCAUGGUGACCUUUACUGUACUUUACUGUAUAUAAACUUUUUUUUGUUUUUUGUAUAAGACCUAAUAAAGUCUUCCUUUCAUUCAUGUAUUAGUGAAUUUUUUUUAUUUAUUUUUUUUUAUCAUCAGUCAUCUCAGUGAAGUGAGCAGCUCAACACAAUCACUACAUUAACAGUACAAUGAACUUCAAAGCUGAGUUUCAUCUGGGUUUCGGGGAACUACAUGUUUUAAGGGUUUAAUGAUGAUGCUUUUAAUGCCUUUGUCAAAUGUCUUACUGAGAUUGGAUUGAAGCUCAUCUGAAGAGGAUAUUUGCCAUUGUCACAUUAUUAUUUUUCUAUCUUUUCUUGUGUUGAAAGGCAAAUGGCUAUAAUUAAGGUGCAAAUUUGUCAUCACAUGAUCACAUCACCAUAAGUUAGCCUAUAUCUCUUGAGAAGCAGUAUUUAAAUUGAAUCAGUAAUUCCUUUCAGCACAAACACUUCACAUCUGGAAACACUUCAGGAGUUUUGAAGUCGUCAUCUGGUUGGUUGAAUUCUACAGGAUGUCCGGGGGAUAUGUGUGUCACGUUCUUUAACGGUCCGCUUGGAAAGCUGUGACGCCAAAACCAGCUCGUGGAAGAAAGUCGUCAUGUUUACUACUGUUAAGUAUGAGCGCUUACCAGGAUCAACUAAAAGCUGGAUUUUCAAAAGUAUGUGAAGUUUGCGGCUCCAUUGUUGCAGUAAACUUGCACAACGUUCUCGAAUGAAUAAUUUAUUAGACGCACACCGGUCUGUUAUUGUAGGGACAUCGACUUAUCGACCCCUAAACAUGACGUGGAACAAAACGAACUGUGAUUGGUUGCAUUACAUGUCAGUCAAACGGCCUCUGGGCGGUCCUUGGCCAAUGAAAGCUGCGAUAGAGUCCAGACCUUCUGCCGUCAGUCUGAAGCUCCGGCUAUGCGAGACUAUGUGCUUUGAGACAUGAGGCAGUUUAACACUGUCUCUUAUGAUGCUUUUGUUUGCUCCCUGUGUAACAGAGUUAGGAUUUUAUUUAGUUUUAUUGUGAAAUCUUAUAAAUUCAGCAGCGGGUAAUUUCAUGUUGUACUGGUGCCCUCAUAUGGGUUGUGUGAGAACUACAGGCAAAAAUGUUCGAUAAGACGGGAGAUGACGCAACACAGCAGUUGCAAUGUGUACUGCACGCUGUGGGUGGGUAAGCUUAUGCUCCGUCUCAAUUUAGUUAAAUAUAUUCGAUUAUAAUGCAAAAUAAGUUGAGUUUUUAAGUAUUUUAUGUUUAUGAUUUAGUUAGGGUAAUAUUUUGACCAUUUAAUUUGACUAUUAACAUAUAUUUUAUAAGUUAUUUGGCCUUUCGCCAAUUCUAGUAAGGCCACGGUUAAUGUUAUUUUACAUUUUAUUUAGGUCACUUAUGCCUGCAACAAUACAACCACAAAAGGGUCAUUUAUUUCUUUUUACAGGUAUGUCUUUUUGUAUGUUUUUGUUUAUCAUUACUAUUGUUAUAUGUAAAGUGUGAUCGUGUGUUGCGAUGCUAAUUUUUGUUAAUGCUGUUAUGACGCAACAGAGUUGCAAUGUGUACUGCAUGCUGUGGGUGGGUCACUUAUGCCUGCAGCAAUAUAACCACAAAAGUAUGAUUUAUUUCAUUUUACAGCCUACAGUAAAAAGAAGAAAUACACCAAACCAGCAUUUGUGUUCGUGCAUUUAUUGUUCGGCCAGAGACUGAGCCCGUCGUAGUGUUAGGGCAAACCACCAGCUAUUACUAGCCUCUCAGAAAACUGCCUACCCUACCUUUAAGAGGAAGCUCUUACCGAAGAACUUUUACUGCUAUUUAGGAGAACUCACUUAGUGGUAAGAUAAAAUGUUUGUGAAUAUGGCCCCUGGUAUUUAGCAGGUCUUAAAAUUAGGUCAAUACAACCUCAGAUGAACAACAGCACAUGCCAUAUUACACUGUGUCAUUAUUUUUUUAACACAAAUAAAGCCAAAGUGGAGAAGCCAUGUCUUUCACAUUAUUGAGAGACUGAUAAACAUUGUUUUGGCCCACUCAUCUUUACAUUGUUGCUUCAGUUCAUUGAGGUUUGUGGGCGUUUGUUUAUGCACAGUUCUGUUAAGGUACUGCCACAGCAUUUCAGUCAGGUUGAGGUCUGGACUUUGCCUGGGCCAUUGCAACACCUUGAUUCUUUUCUUUUCAGUCAUUCUGUUGUAGAUUUGCUGGUGUUCUUGGGAUCAUUGUCCUGUUGCAUGACCCAAUUUCAGCCAAGCUUUAGCUGUCAGACAGAUGGCCUCACAUUUGACUUUGGACAGUUGGUAUGAGGUAUAAUCAAACAUAUCUUGUGGAGCGCUCUCGGAGUAUGCAUUAAUUUGUCAUUAACUGUAGGAUAAGGGGUGUAAAGAUGGACUUAAAAGAUUUUUUAUCCUGUUACGCCCUCUAUAGGCCAGGACCAGCGACUAGUUGAUGUCAUGCUUAAAGUGUCAUGGCAGAGCGUUAAAUUCGACUAGUCGAAUCGACUAGUAUCUCCUCAACCACCACCAAUGUGCAGCAUCCACCUGGAUGAUGUGACGGCAGCCAUAUUGCGCCAGAACGCCCACCACACACCAGCUUAUUGGUGGAGAGGAGACAGAGUGAUGAAGCCAAUCAGUAAAUUAUUAUUACUGUUAUUAGUAAGAUUGCACGUUAUAUGAUAGGAUGUAAGAAUUAUUAUUAUUAUUAUUAUUAUUGCAGCAGCAGAAAUAAAGAUUGGGAUGAACCAUGAACCAGCAGGGGGAGCCAUUUUCCUCUGACCAGCUUCGACAUUUCUAUAUUGUGCCAAAUCUAAACUGUUGCGUCAAGGUUGCAUAAAAUACUCAAGUAAUUAUGCUUAAUAAACUUAAUAAACUAUGCAUUAAGAUGACACUCAGUUACAUGUACUUACUAUAGUAAUAACUAUAAAUCAUACAUAAAUAACUGACCUUAAACCAAACCCAAUGUUGUUAAUUAACAUUACUCAGUACAGACAAGGACACCUUAAAAUAAAGUCUAAAAGUGUAAAACAAAUGAAUAAUCCUGAAAUAAGGUAUAAAAUGAAGGAACAGAC